CCCGUGAAUUGAAGGGUUAACAAUUCCUCUUAGAUACGCGGAACAAGGCUUGUUCCGCCUUCUCACGCGAGGGUAGCCGACGGAAUUUUAAAGAUCAUCACAAAGACUAUGAAGAAGAAGAGAGAGGAAUCAGAAGCUAUUGAACUGAUACUCUUCCAAGUUAACGAGUUCUACGUGUAUUUGAUACCUCCAAGGAAGAGCGCCGCUUCUUACAGGGCCGAUGAAUGGAAUGUCAACAAAUGGGACUGGGAGGGUUCACUAAAGGUCGUAAGCAAGGGACAGGAGUGCAUUAUCAGACUGGAAGACAAGACCACAGGGGAGCUAUAUGCCAGAGCAUUUUUGCGAAAUGGAGAGCCACAUCCUGUGGAGCCAGUAAUUGAUAGCAGCAGGUUAUCAAAUAUUAAAUUAAUGAAGCGGGGAUGAUUAGUCACAUAAUGCGAGCAACUUGUUUUCAUAAUGUUACAGUUCAUUGCAUGCUUUCGCCUAUUGUUGAUAACUUGAAAGUUUGUUUAAUUGCUAAGUUUUUUUGG